GCACAAUCUGCGUAGAUCGUCACAGCGCAAUCGCUUUAUUAAUAUUAAUAUCACGGUGCGCUGACGUAAUCCGUAAUCUGUUCGUGUUUAGGUUGGUACAGCAUGAAAAACAUCUACACGUUGCUUGAAUAGAGUACAACAGUGUAUAUUCGGAAAGGCGUUUAUUUUGCGCAGAUCUCAGACCCAAAUGGAUCCGUGGGCGACGCGGAUCUCGGGAAACUGCCCCGGAUACAAGCCGAGUCCGCAGGCGCUUCUCUGCUGUCCGGGCAGCAGCAUUGGAAUGAUGCUGUCAAAAAAAUUAUGUGCCAAAAAUGGCAAGAAAAUCAAGAAUCGGGCCAACAGAAACACGAAACCCAACAAAAUCUCUCCGUACUUACCCCCAGAGGCUGAAGAGGGCAACGUGGAGUACAAGCUGAAGUUGGUGAACCCGACCCAGUACCGCUUUGAGCACCUGGUGACGCAGAUGAAAUGGAGACUGCAGGAAGGCCGUGGCGAGGCUGUCUACCAGAUCGGCGUGGAGGACAAUGGAAUGCUGGUGGGCCUGUCCGACGAGGACCUGAAGGCCUCGCUCAAGACACUGCGCAGGAUGGCUGAGAAGGUCGGUGCUGAUAUCACCGUUCUGAGAGAGAGAGAGGUGGACUAUGGUUAUGACGUCUCCAAAAAAAUUGCUGAAGUUCUGGUGAGGAGAGUACCAGACAACCAGCAGUUCCUGGACUUGCGAGUGGCAGUUCUGGGUAAUGUGGAUGCUGGGAAGUCUACAUUGUUGGGUGUGCUGACCCAAGGAGAGCUGGACAAUGGCAGGGGACGUGCACGCCUCAACCUCUUCCGGCAUCUCCACGAGAUCCAGACUGGCAGGACGUCCAGCAUCAGCUUCGAAAUACUGGGAUUCAACAGCAAGGGAGAGGUGGUAAAUUACAGUGGCUCUCGCACAGCAGAGGAGAUAUGUGAGAGUUCCUCGAAAAUGAUCACCUUCAUUGACCUGGCUGGACACCACAAAUACCUGAAGACCACCAUCUUCGGUCUCACAAGCUACUGCCCAGACUUUGCUAUGGUGGUGGUUGGCGCAAACACAGGCAUUGCGGGCACGACUCGGGAGCACCUGGGCCUGGCCAUGGCGCUGAAGGUGCCCAUCUUUAUCGUGGUGAGCAAGGUGGACCUGUGCGCCCGAGGCACGGUGGAGCGUACAGUGAGGCAGCUGGAGCGCUUCCUCAAGCUGCCCGGCUGCAACAAGGUGCCCGUGGUGGUGUCCAGCACGGACGACGCCGUCACCGCCGCUCAGAAGUUCGCACAGUCGCCCAGCAUCACGCCCAUCUUCACCGUGUCGAGUGUGUCGGGGCACAGCUUGGACCUGCUCAAGGUCUUCUUCAACAUCCUGCCCCCCCUGAGCAACAGCAAGGAACAGGAGGAGCUCAUGCAGCAGCUCACAGAGUUCCAGGUGGAUGAGAUUUACACGGUUCCUGAAGUGGGGACAGUGAUAGGAGGCACCCUCUACAGCGGGAUCUGCCGGGAGGGCGAGCGCCUGGUGGUGGGUCCCACGGACCAGGGCGAAUUUCUGGACCUGACGGUAUACAGCAUCCAGAGGAACCGGUCAGCGUGCAGAGUCCUGCGGGCUGGCCAGGCUGCCACUCUGGCUCUGGGAAGUUUCGACCGCUCGCUGCUUCGAAAGGGCAUGGUGAUGGUGAGCCCGGAGAUGGAGCCCACUAUCUGCUGGCUGUUCGAGGCCGAGAUCGUCCUUCUUUUCCACGCUAAGACCUUUCGCAAAGGCUUCCAGGUCACGGUGCACGUGGGGAACGUGAGACAGACGGCCGUGGUGGAAGCCCUUAAGGGCAAGCAGGUAGAGCUGCGCACUGGGGAAAAGGCGGUGGUUCGCUUCCGGUUCAUCAAACACCCGGAGUAUCUAAAGGUGGGGGCCAAGCUGCUCUUCCGGGAGGGUGUGACCAAGGGCAUCGGGCACGUCACGUACCUGCAGUCCGUCUCUCCCAGCCAGCUCCGAUUAUAGACCCAGCAGAGCCGGUUAACAGUCUGAGUAUUAGAUAAUGUUUUAUCCUUCAGUACCAGCCCCGUGCAGCAGAGGGCAGCUGUGUGCUCAUUCCCAUUAUCUUUGACUUUAUUACUAGAGCUACAGCUUUAGUGUAGAAACCCAGCUUAGCUGACCUCAUCCCAUUAGGCAAAAUAAGCUGCUAUAUGUACUCAUGGAGGAUUAGGGUUUAAUGUGGUCUGGUGCCUCCUGUCCUUAUUUUAAAAAGGAGUGUUCUUCAUAAUGGGAGUGCAUCUUGUGACAUCUUUAUCAAUCAAUGACUGUAAGGUGUUUUUGAAUUAUUUCUGAGAGUAUAGUUGAACCGUGAAACCUUUCAGUGAAGUAAAUUUUUUCCUUGGUAAAAAACUGCUUGAAAUGUCCAUGAAAUAAGCAUUAGAAUCGCCUAGCUGACUUAUUCUGGACUUAUCGACUGUGCGAAAUUUUCUUUUUUUAUUCCUCUGUUUUUGUUAUAAACAUUUUUGUUUCACCGGGGUAGUGUAAUGCUUUAGUGGGUGGUGCUGUGAACACUUCUCCUCUACACAGCUGUGGGUUUGACUCCUGCACUUGGCUAUGAUUUCACACGCUGCGUGCUUGUGUGCAGGUCGGCCCCCAAAGACAGGUAAAUUGGUGCACCUGUGAGGGACUGGCCUGCACUUCAGUGUUUAGCCACCUGUGCUUGAACCACCUUCGUAUUUCAUAUACGAUGUUGUAGUGGUCACCAGUUUCCAGUGCUUCGGGUUUGUUGACACAGUCUUCUUCUGUCGUGAGAUCUUCCAGGAAUUUUGGUGGCCGUUUAUGUCCAUAUAAUCGGUCUGCAUCACCGUAUCUAGCAAAACAGAAAAGUUCUUGUUUGAAGAAAAAAAAUCUAAAUAGUGCUACUAGUGCCUAUUAUAUUUUAUGGCUUGGACUUCAUUGUUUUGCCUUGGGGUACUGGUGUAGCCUUGACCAGUGUUUCCCAACUGGGUACUUGGUGGCCCCCAGAUUAUCCAUGUUUUUGCUCCCACAAAGCUCCCAGUAGGGAACAAAAACACGGACCAUCUGGGGGUCUGCAAAGACUAGGUUGGGAAACACAGGCUAGACAUAUAAACACAGUUCUUUAUGUGAGCUUCUGAUUGACUCAGUGUGGGGCUUGCUGUGGUUUUUCCUUCUCUGGUUCAUGGUCAGACGCGUAACAGCCCGUUGUGGAUGGGUGCAGAUACUAAGUGUUCCUUGUUGUAUCUCAUACGGUGAUCCUGCUCAUCUGAACAUGGUGGUUUGUAGCCUGAGACCUCGCUCAUGCAUAAUUCCUUCAUACAUUUAACAGAUGUGAUGUGGACAAGCAUGCCAAACCAGUACAAAUGCUGUAUGGUGCAACUGCAGAAUAUACUUUUAAUUUCAAGGAGGAGGAAAUACACUUUAAUAUUAUAUAAAUUCUAACUAUAUGUAUAAAAUGUGGCUAUAGAGAUGUUUGAUUUGUAUGUUGUCCGAGAGGCUAAUAAAGACUGACUAUUAUCCUGUACAGGAUAAGCAUUUGGAUGAUGAAAGAUUGUAUGAAAUCUGUAUUUGGAAUAAAUGAAGAGUCUGCUUAAACCA